AUGAGACUGAAACUUCUGCACCUUCAGACCAGAUCUUUAACAACAAUGUGCCGAUGCCAAAGCUUUACCAGAACUGGAUGUCUGCUGUUAAAGCUGGGAAAUGAAGUUAACAGGACAGCAAAGUCUUGGAAUUUAUAUGCUCUGAAAACCACGUUCCCUUGGUUGACAAGUCAGCGUGUGCAACUCAAGAAUGGGCAAUUGGUCCAAGGAUAUGUAUCCACCUUGGGAGGAAAUGUUUAUUAUCAGAGUGGGGAGGGUUUUCUCCCAUCCUGGAGAUGUUUUGGUGUGAUGAUGAUGGAAAACUACAAGCUCAAUAUGGAGCAUAUCAGAAACCUUCAGCACACAUCAUCAAGAUUUUACUCGGUUGUAUCAGGUGGUAAAAUUAUUCCAAAACAAAACAACCAGCCAGUUAAGAGGCCCCCAAAGGCUCCGAGGACCAAGCAGCCAUCCAGAACAAACCUGCCACUCUCAGGCAUGGAGAAUCUGAUGCAGUGCACAGCCUUUGCAACAGCAGAUGAAUAUCAUCUUGGUAAUCUGUGUCAUGACCUGACUUCACAUGGAUAUGUUGAAAUAACAAGUUUGCCUAGAGAUGCUGCAAAUGUUUUGGUGGUCAGUACCGAGAAAUCUGCGAAGGAAGAUGAUCCUGGCAUGGUUUUUUUUUUCAGGGAAGGGGCUGUUGUAUUUUGGAAUGUGGAAGAGAAAAGUAUGAAGAAUAUCAUGCGAGUGCUAGAACAGCAUGAAAUUCAGCCAUAUGAAGUUGCACUAGUCCAUUGGGAGAAUGAAGAGAUAAACUAUAAAAUAGGAGAAGGUCAGUCAAAGCUCCAUAAAGGAGAAAUCUUGCUAAAUUCUGAGCUGGAUAGUGAUGAAGUUGUUCUGCAGAAAUUUGCCUUUUCAAAUGCCCUUUGUCUUUCUGUAAAGCUGGCUAUUUGGGAAUCAUUAUUGGACAACUUUGUGGAAUCUAUCCAGUCAAUUCCUGAGAUACUAAAGUCACGGAGGAAGGUGAAACUCACUCAUGCAGAUGUGAUGCAGAAAAUUGGAGAACUCUUUGCACUAAGACACCGUAUAAAUCUCAGCUCAGACCUGCUAAUAACACCUGACUUCUACUGGGAUAGAGAAAAACUGGAAGAGCUUUAUGACAAGACCUGCCAGUUUCUCAACAUUAAUCGCAGAGUUAAGGUAAUGAAUGAAAAGCUUCAGCACUGCACGGAGCUGACAGAUCUAAUGCGAAAUCACCUGACCGAGAAGCACACUCUGCGCCUGGAAUGGAUGAUAGUAAUACUCAUCACCAUAGAGGUUCUGUUUGAACUUGCCAGGGUAGUUUUCUGAUGAUAGAAGAAACUCGGGAAGAAGAAAACUGACAUAAAGACCAUACGGCAUGGAAAAUUCCCAUCAUAUGCUUCUGGAAAAUAGUGAAUUGUGUCUCUUGAUAAAUCUGUAAAUCUUCUACUCAAAUGAAAAAAAUAAA